UCUUCGUGGUUGUUUUUUGACUCUUCGUGGUUGUUUUUUGUCUCUUCGUGGUUGUUUUUUGUCUCUUUGUGGUCAGGCUGUAGUCCGUCCAUCAUCGGAGCAGCUCUCGAUCAUUAUCUCGUGGCACAGUGAAAUCGAUGGCAUGUUCAUUAAAGGAGGAGAUGAUUCCACAUAAUGAACUGACACUAAGUGUUAAUGUGACCUUCAGCUGUGAGUCACAGUCUGACCUCUGACCUCGAGACAACAGGUCUGUUUAAUAUUAACUGCAUGGAUACAUCAUCAAUCACAGGAAAACACGUCCACACGCUCUCAUGUGACGUCCUGAAUACAUGAAUAAUAUGCGAGCGAGCAGCUGACAGCAGGAGGAGGAGACAGUAUAAAUACAGGAGGGAGGAACGUGAUGAGCAAGAGGACGAGGAAGAAAUAAAGUAAGAAAGGAGGUGCUGCAGGAGAACCCACGAGGAGAAACACAGUUUGGAAUUCGACACCAAAGAAGAAAAGAAAUAUAAGAUUUAUAUUUGUGUUGGAUCUUUAAUCGUUCGACUCGUUUUUUAAGUGUUUUUGAUGAUGGAGAGCGUGCGAGCUGCCGUCUACCUGUCCGUCUGUCUGUCUGUGCUGACAUCACUCUGUCAGGGUCAAAGGUCGCCCGACGAGCCGAGCAUUGGACUCACAACCAAAGAGCUGGCUGAAGCUCUGCAGGGUCUCCUGGAUGAAGCUGACAGCAGUGUUGGACUCUCCGUGGAGAAGAAAGCCAGCGUCAUCCCGCGGUGUGAUGUGGGUGAGCGCUGUGCGAUGAAGCAUGGACCUCGGAUCGGUCGACUGUGCGACUGUCUGAGAGGAACGGCCUGCAACACCUUCUUCUUGCGCUGCUACUGAACACACACACACACACACACACACACACCUGUCUCACCUGUCUCACCUGACUCUCUCUCUCUGCAUGUCUCUGUCUUUGUUUUAGAGUUU